CCAGUUAUCAUCUAUCUCCCACAUGAACUCCAUGGCCCACCCCACCAUCUCCUUCAUCAUUUUCAUCUCUAUAUAACUUUCAAACGCAUUUUCCUUGCUUCAUGAUCGCUAGCUCUCAUCACUUUUUAUACAACUCAAAUCCUUCACGUAUAUACAUGUCCAUAUUUGUAUCACAAAACCAGUGAGAGUGAUAUAAUUAAGAUGGAUGACUCUUCAGCUUCAUACAUACACAUGGUGCAACAUCUGAUAGAAAAGUGUUUAAUCUUCCGCAUGAGCAAAGAAGAGUGCAUGGAAGCCCUAUCUAAACAUGCAAACAUCAAGCCGAUCAUCACCUCAACAGUGUGGAAGGAGUUAGAGAAAGAAAACAAGGAGUUCUUUGAGUCGUACUCGCAGUCUCAAUCAUCAACAGGAGCAAGUCGACAGAUGUCGGAAUCAGAGACGAGCGAGUUGAUUCAAAAAAUGAUAUCUGAUAACACAUCAAACAACUCAGACAAGGAUGAUGAUGAGUAAUUCAAAUAUGACAUAACAUGGUGACUCAUUAACGUCUACUUUUUCAUGCCCCGCCUAAUCUAUGCAUGUAUUUAUGUAUGUAUUAGUAUUAUUGAUCUUACCAUCCUGAAACGGGAAAUGAACAGAUUGACCGAGAUGACAUAAGGGUAUUUCAGUAAAUUCAGGUGGGGUUGGGUGGGGAUAUUGAAUCUUAGUGGGAAGAAGUCACUUUAUAUGUGAUGUCAUGUGAGGAUUGUCCUUAUUGUGCUAGCUCUCCUGUUUAUAAUAAUAAAUGAAGCUCAAUAUGAUGAAUAUGUUGGUCCAUUUCAUAUUCUUAUUCUCGUUUUUAAUUGAAAGUUGUUACUUGUACUCGAAAUCAAGAUUUAUGGUUGGAACAAUAAUCGUACUAAACGAGUGAUUAGGGUUCAAGACAUGCUCGUUUCAAAGGAUGGACGAUAGGGACGAUUGUUCGGAACCUAUUUUUUAAAACGGU